AUGGAGGCCAGUCGCGUCUGGGAAGAAGUCGUGCUGCUUCGCUCGACGCUUUUGCCUGACGAGUUUCAAUGGCGCGGAACGGCUGAUGAGAAUCAAACGUGGGAAGACACAUUGACAGCGUACCAGAAUGGCGAGCCACCAGCGUUCUUACCUGCUCAAGUGCACUUGUCCUUGUGUGUUAGCAAGCUGUUAGGCGUAUGGAUACACGCCAAGCUCGAUGAGCAUCAAAUACGCCCGCACAUUUCGGUGUUCGUACAGCGGACCGAUGCGAUAUCGCAGGCAACGUUGGCCGAUAUGGUGCGCGAACGCCUCGAUGAAUGCGAAGCACAGGACCUUUUGCAUCCCACCUUUGAUGUGCUGAGUCUCUUACAAGAAACCAUGCCUGAACAAGUCCCUACCUUGGAACAGGCUUCCUGCUCUGACGAGCGCCAAGCAAACGCGUCCUCUCUUACGAUGAAACGCGUGAUUUUCUGGUCCCACCAUCUGGUGGCCCCGUCUAAGCGGCGGCAAUUUGGCGCUUGGUGCCCAGAACUUGGCGUAUGGGGCCUGCUGAAACUUGGGUACCCUGGAUUCUUGUGCUUUGAAGGCGCAUGCUGUGAUGUUGAUGACAUGGUAUGGCGCGUCAAGCGCAUGCAGUGGGCUGCUAUAUCAAUGCGGACAGAGGUAUCAUGGACAUUUACGCGCCCUGAAACCACGCAUGACACGACACUCGAUGCAGCUCUCAGAAGCUGUGCGCUUGCCAAGGGGCGAUGCAUGCAAGACAAACUUCGAACGGAUGCCAUGGAACUCGAUAGUAUGAGCGACUUUGUCGCACGUCUACGGAGUAUGGAACUGAGUGAGAAUGAAAUAUCUGACGCGUGUCAUUUGCGCACGGCGCAAGAGGGAGGGGGAAAAAAUUCAUGA